AUGGCAACGAAAAAGGCGUGCGUGGAUGCGCCCAAAAGGAGCCGGAGUCCGGUCGUGUUGGAGGCGGAGAUGUUCAGUGAAUUUCAGGACUGGUGUCUCCGGACUUAUGGAGACUCCGGUAAAACAAAGACCGUCACCCGGCGAAAAUAUAACAAAAUCAUGCAGACACUGUUGCAGAACGACGAGAUGGAUGGCGUUUAUAUCGACAACAGCCACAUCAACGCCAAAUUCAAAUUUUGGGUGAAGUCUAAAGGAUUUCAGGUCGGGACCAACGUGUUGGGAGAGCACAACAAGAAAGGAGCUCCGGGGAAACCCGUCCUAUAUGUCCCGGUCAAGACAACGUGUUCAGAUGGGAAUUCGGCCCAAGACAACUCCUCACUGAAGCGUGUAGCUGUGGUAGAAGACUUCUUUGACAUCAUCUAUGCCAUGCAUGUGGAGAUGGGUGCCGACCUCGGGAGAGCACCCAAACAUGCAGGCCAAAAGAAGACCUACAAAGCGAUAGCAGAGACCUACGCCUUCCUGCCCAGAGAGGCGGUGACUCGGUUCCUAAUGAGCUGUGGAGAGUGUCAGAAGAGGAUGCACAUCAACCCCAGCACUGCAGAGUUCAAAGAAAAUGACAGACCCACCUCACUGGUCCCAGACCUCAUUGAUUAUAACAUGCCUCUUACUGCCACCUACCUGAAACAAAUGAAACUGCAGUGCAUGACUGCCACUGAAAGGGAUGACAGUUCGAUGAGCAGCGAGGACAUGAACGGCGUUGAGCCUACAUGGGUGGCAGCUGAGCCGCCCCCCAUGCCUGAGCGCAGUCCACCUAACGGAGAGAGGAUCAGCAACCCAACAGCUGCCAUUAAAGAAGAGGACGAUGACGACUCCUCAGAGAGCGGCAGUGCCAACGGGCUGCCGGCCCUGACCUCCCCGGAGGUGCUGGCUGUGGGUGGGAACCCCCCAGAUGGUGGGGCCCCUUACAGGGAGGUGACAGAGAACGGGCUGAGUGCUCCCCUGGACUUUAGCACCACCUCACCCUCGUCCUCCUCAGAGGAUCAGCAGCCGGUCAUUCUGAGCGAAAGACUGCUGCAGGCGGGCAGCUCGCCACCAAACUCUUACCCCGCAGACCCAAACAGGAAGUACCCCAUCAAAACAGAGUACGCCAACAAGUCCCCUCCUUACAGUUCAGGAAGCUAUGACUCUGUAAAAACUGAACUGAGCAUGAGCGCAGAGGACUUGACCUCUGGUCGGGCACAGAUCAUUGACGACGACGAUGACGAUCAUGACGACCACGAUGACAGCGACAAGAUCAAUGACGCUGAGGGUAUGGACCCUGAGAGACUCAAAGCUUUCAAUAUGUUUGUGCGUCUGUUCGUUGAUGAAAACCUGGACCGCAUGGUGCCCAUCUCCAAACAGCCCAAGGAGAAGAUCCAGGCCAUCAUCGAGUCCUGUAGCCGCCAGUUCCCAGAGUUCCAGGAGCGCUCCCGCAAGCGCAUCCGCACCUACCUCAAAUCCUGCCGCCGCAUGAAAAAGGGCGGUUUUGAGAUACGACCAACACCUCCUCACCUCACCUCUGCCAUGGCUGAGAACAUCCUCGCUGCUGCCUGUGAGAACGAAACCCGAAAUGCUGCCAAGAGGAUGCGGCUCGAUGUCUACCAAGCGGAUGAACCUGCCUCUGUUGACAAGACCAACUCAAAGGACCCGGCCUCUGUGGCCCCGUCCGGGUUCACCAUCUCCAGCGCAGCUUUUGCCCAAGACCAGCUCUACACCAACGGAGGCCUCAACUACAACCUGCGGGGAUACGGGACAGUCGGCAGCAACCAGCAGAACUCUGGUGCUACACAAACCAACGGUCCCACAGAUCUGAGUAUGAAGGCAAUCGCCCCGUCCUCCAGCUCCAACAGUCACGGUCAGGGAGGCGGCGGCGGUGGAGCUUCGGCUCAGCUCAGCCCUCCGGAGGUCACGGCGGUGAGGCAGCUGAUCGCAGGAUACCGGGAGUCUGCUGCCUUCCUGCUGCGCUCAGCAGACGAGCUGGAAAACCUGAUCCUGCAGCAGAACUGAGUCCAAGCCAAACCUUCUCCUAGCCUGUCCAUCUCUGUCGCCCUCGUCAAUCACAUCAGGGCCAGACUUUCACGCAAAGACACAAAUAUCCAUGAGUGAUAGGCCUACUGCAGUGCACUGUGGGUAACGUAGGUACGGUACCUUUACUUAUUCCCACAUGUGUUUAUCUAUGUAUGGACAGGCCAGAACAUAUCACAGGCUGAAAAAAAUGUUUCUUUAUGCAUUUGGUUCACUUUGACCUUAGUGCCCUGUUAUCUGUAGCCAUUCAUCCCAUUCAGUUCAUUUUACCACUUCAACCUCCAUUUGUCUCAGGAAGCGAUGAUCUAUGUGGAAGAAUUAUCUGCAUUGGUGCACAGGGGAGAACCAGAACCUUAAACUAGCUGUGACCAUAAUGCCACAUUGGCUCGUUUAUGCAGAUGUUUGGGCAAAUUAGUAGUUAAAUAGACUUGGUGUCAUUAACUUGUUUCUAUUUUUACUCAAGUGUAAACUAUGCUGUACAGCGGCAUCUUUUGAUUUGGUCGUCUAAACGACAACUCUCCAAAUUCACUUCUGUGUCGGGAAAAAUGUAUUGCUUUCUAAAAGUCUGCAGAUGAAUCACUGCUGAAUCCACUGACUUGUUGAUUUACAGCUACUAAAUGUAGAGAAGGGAAAAACGGGACGGUGUUGACAGUUUUCAUCCGAAAAGUUUGACAGAUCCGUCAAAACUAUAUCUCGGUCUGCUCUGUUGGAUUGGUUUCCAGAUUCUUAGGCGUGUGGUUACAAAGAGACAAAGACUCAUUACCCAACAUUACUUUAUUUUCAGUUAUUUUAUUAUGGAUAUUUCAUAUAUUUCUCAUUACUUAAAAAGAAAGGAGGCUUUUAAGAAGCCUGGGUAUGCAAAUUGAGGUCACAGACGUCAGGGAAACAAAAGGAGAUUAAUAUAUUGUUUAGACUCUUGGUUUAUAACUAGUGCUACUGGAAAAUAGAAAAAAGGUGCAAUAUAGAAGAUAAUCAGUAAUGGUGUGCUUACUGAAAUGACUCUGUCAGACUUGUUGAAGCGUUUUAAGGCAAAAAGGCAGAGUACUUUACCACAAUCUCCUCCCGCUGUAACUGUCAAGUUAUAAAAAAAACAAAACUGAAAUGAUAUCCCAUGCAGCAUUGUAGCCAAUUUCAAUGUUGUUGUUUUUUGUGAAUACUGAUCUUUAUUGCUAACCUCGUAACUGAGGCACUUUUAUGUAUUGGGAUGUCAUUCGUAGUGAUAAGAAAAUGGGACCUGGCAGAAAAAUGAGACUUAAUGUUGCACGUCUUAUUUAUUUAUUUUACUUUAAAGUGAUUUUUUGGGGUCGUUUUGUGAAGGAAUUGUCCUGUGAGUUUUUUUUUUUAAAAAGGAGCACAUUGAGCUCACAUACAUCGGUGUAACCCUAACAUCCACGUGGCUUUACUGGAUGUAAUGUGAGUGUGUGUGGGCUGCUCAGACAAAAAAACGCUGUCCGUCUGUAUCACCCCCUCUGACCUCAGCUGUGUCAAAUUCCCUCUCUCAUCGCCAUCA